CCACACCCCUUUUCUCUGCGCUCUUCCCGCACAUCUUGCACAGCCGCAGCUAUGCUGCAGCACUCGAGUGCGCCGCUUGCCGCUGUGCUGCUGGCGUCCUCCUCGGCCCGGCGGCUGCCAGCGUGGGCGGCGGCAUGCCGCCGGCGCGUGCUCAUGGGUGCGGCGCCCGCACGCUCGCUCGCGGUCUCGGCACGCUGCGGUGUGACGCGCGAGAAGAAGCGCUACGACGAGCUGCCUGUCGCAUUCGAUGGCGCUGCGCCGCUGCCGCCGUGGCAGCCGGUCGGUGCGGCGCCCAAGCGAACGCGACGUGCAGCCAGCGCAGGCAAGAAGCCGAUACCCGCGGCCACCGCGCACAGCGAGGCAGCACAGCUGGCGGGAUCGGGCCCCACUGGCACGCAGCGGCUGGACGCAUCAAUACCGCCGAGUCUGAUGGACAGUCAUCUGGGUGCUGAGGCGAUGGACGCUUCGGCAGAGCCGGGCGGCGGGCCAGGCAUGCUCGAGGAUCCGGCCGAGCUGCCGCCAGAAGAGGUGCCGAUGAUCGACCAGCUAGGACCGCAAGGACAGCCAUGGCCGCCGCUGGCCAAGGACGUGCUCCGGAACUUGGCGAGCUUCCCGUCGUGCCUGCUGCUGACGCGCGUGGGCGGCUUCUACGAGUCAUACUUCGAUCAGGCUCCGCCGCUCGCGGCGUUGCUCGGCAUCAAGCUGGCGUCACGCUCCUGGGGCGGGCGCACCGUGCCCAUGGCCGGCUUUCCGCUCGGGCAGCUGGAAAAGUAUCUCAAGCUCUUGGUGCAGGACCAUGGCCGGCUCGUGGCCAUCUGCGACGAGUUCCGCGAGGUAUCCAGUGCGGCCGAAGGCGCCACAGCUGCUGCAAGACGACGACUCAACGAGGAGGUGCAGAUCACCCGGCGCGUCACGCGCGUCGUCAGUCCCGGCACGCUCAUCGACGAGCGCUUCCUCGAUCCGUUCAGCAGCAAUUGGAUUCUCGCCGUCGCCAAGACGCCCGUCGGCAUCGGCCUCGCCUGGCUUGACGUCAGCACAGCCGACUUCUUCACGACGACCUGCCCGGACGCGGAGAGCCUGCGCGAUGAAGUGGCGCGCAUCGGGCCCUCGGAGAUCGUGCUCGCGAGCGGCGCCUUUGACCGCGGCCUGCGUCAGUCCGAGCACGCGGCUGGCAGUGCUGCUGCUGUGCAGCUGGGCGAAUUUCUCGAGCCGGACGGCAGCCCGCUGUGGGAGGCCGUCGACCGCCGUCUCGUGCAUGUCUCGCUCUGCGCACCGGCCGCCAUCGACAGCCAUGCCGUCGACGCCGAAAAGAUUGCCGUUGCGCACCUCACGGAACAUCUGCGGGCGCGCCUUCUGAGCUUGCCCAGCGGCGGUGUCGAGGCUAUUGCGCGCGAUGGCCCGACGCAUCGGGAGCGCGAGGAGAGCAUGCUCAUCGACGCCAACACGCUGGCUGCGCUCGAGAUCCGCGAGGGCAUGCGAGAGGGCGGCGGCACGCGCGGCAGCCUGCUCUCCGUCGUGCGCCGCACCGUCACCAAGGGCGGCGCUCGGCUGCUGGGACAGUGGCUGACGGCGCCGAGUACCUCACUCGACGUUAUUCACCGUCGGCAAGCACUUGUGGCGCUCUUCCUCUCGCAUACCUUCCUGCGCGAGGAUCUGCGCCUCUUGCUGCGGCGCGGCGCAGGCGAUGUGUCGCGCGGCCUGCAGCGCAUCUCGACGGGCCGCAACGACGAGCAGGACCUGCUCGAAGUCCGCGACUUUAUCGUCAUGUGCGAGCGCGUCGUCGAGCUGCUGCGGCAGGAAGCCGACGGUGGCGCGGACGCAGAAGACGGCUGGGCGCCGCUGCGUACCAUGAUCUCGCGUUUUCGCUCUCUCUCGGCGCUCGGCACGCGGCUCGUCGAGGCGAUGGACGAGGCUGUCGUGGAGCGGCGCAUGCGCAGUCAGGAGGCGCUGGCGCGCGAGACGGAGGAGGAGGUACUCGGAGAUCUUGCUCGCGAUACAGUGGGCGAGGACGCGCCUCCGAAGAGCCGCAAGCGCGCAGGAAAGGACGCGGUGGUGGAGCGGCCGACGCACUGGGGAGCGCCGUUCGAGCAUCUCAUCCGUCCUGGUGCGUCCAAGGCGCUUGCGGCGGCCACAGCAGAGUAUACAUCGCUUCGUCUCGCUGCGCGGACGCUGGAGGACACUUUGCGCGAGCGCUAUGGCGAUCGCGUGUCGCUCAAGUUUCUGCUCGGUCAAGGCUUCGUGGUGCACUUCAACGACACCGCUCGGGCGCGCAAGACUGGCCCGCAGCCCGAGGCUGAGCUGAACCCUGCCUACCGCGGCCGCACCACGCGCACCUUCUACCAUCCCGACUGGACGCAGAUCGGCUCACGCCUCACCCGCAUGGAGGCCGAGCUGCGGCGCCUCGAGACACUCGAGCUGCAGCGCCUGCGGCAAGACGUGCUCGUUGAGGCGGCAGCCCUGCGCCGCAAUGUGCGCUUCAUCGACGAGCUCGACACGCUGCUUGGCUUUGCGCACCUGGCGCAGGAGCUCAACCUCGUGCGUCCAGUCGUAGACGACUCGCGCGACUUUGACGUGCACGACGGCCGGCAUCUUGGCGUCGAGCUGGGCCUGCUGGAGCAGCAGCGCCUCUUCACGCCCAACAACGUGUCGCUGUCGCCGACCUCGCGCCUGCACGUCAUCAGCGGCCCGAACAUGGGCGGCAAGAGCACGUAUCUGCGACACGCGGCGCUGCUCGCCAUUCUGGCGCAGUGCGGCUCCUUCGUGCCGGCGCGUGCAGCGCGGCUGGGCAUCGUCGACCGUGUCUUCUCUCGCGUAGGGGCGCGCGACGACGUCUCGCGCGACCGCUCCACCUUCAUGGUGGAGAUGGCCGAGACGAGCGAGAUUCUGCGGCGCGCCACGCCGCGCAGCCUCGUCAUUGCCGAUGAGAUCGGGCGCGGCACGACGACGGAGACGGGCGUGGCGCUGGCGUUUGCCACGCUGCACCACCUCUACCACACCAACGCGUGCCGCACGCUCUUUGCCACGCACCUGCACGAGCUCGCCGACAUGCUCGGCUGGGCGCAGGAGGAGCGCCGCGCACGUCUCUUCCCGCAUGUCGACUUCUACUGCAGCGACAUGGAGGAGCUGUCGGACGGCUCGCUCGCCUACUGCCACCGACUGCGCCGCGGCGUGAACCGCGAGUCGCACGGGCUACAAGUAGCCGCGUUGGCCGAGAUGCCUCCAGCAGCACUCGAUGUGGCUCGAGCGACGCUGGCCUGGCUGGCCCAAGACAAGGAGCAGCCGCAAGCGCGCGGCGCGGCGCUGCGCCUGGCCGGUGGCGAGCGACGCAUGCUUGCGCUCGACGCUAGGCUGGCAACAGAGCAGGUCGCGGCUGCUUUUGGCAAUGCAGCUUGAGAGGAGGGUCCUGGACGGGCCCGACUCUGCGUCACCAGUCGCUUUGUCUGAAGGACGACCUGCACAGAGCGGAGGGAUGCGCGGGCGUGAGCCGAAGUGCAGCAAGACUUCAGGAAC